AUGAAGAAUAAUUAUGUCAAACAAAAUAUCUCAAAACCUAAUGACUAUUUAGAUGGGACUUAAGAUGAAUUGAAAGGCAAAAUUAAGAUCUUAAUGAAUAAAUUAUAAAUCACCAAAAAAGAAAAAGAAAUUUUGACAAAGGAAAAUCAAAAUCUAUAACUAGAAAUUUUAUAAAUGCAAUCAAAUCUUAGAUGUAUGGUUUCUGGAUUUGCAAAUACAAGCAUUACGUUUCCUAUGACUAAUGAACUAACUAAUUCCAUAGCAGAAUUUUAUAAAUGUGAAUGUUUUGAUAUUUUUUUUGAUGUUCUUAGCUAAGAAUUAAACAUGAAAGGUAUUAUUUAUUUUUUCUAAACCUCUUUGAAUCGAAUAGAUAAAAUAAUUAAUGAUUAUUUUACACCCUUAUUCAAAAAUAUCAUCGAUGUAAUUAAAUUUAUUUUAAUAUACAAGAUUAGUUGUUUAAAUACAAUUGAAGGACCUAUCAUUAAUGUCUUGAAAAAAUCCUUUCAAAGUAAUUAUAAAUAAGUUUAUGAAAAAUGCAUGAUCAAUUUAAGUAGUGUAAAAUUAGAGUUGCAAAAAAGUCUGAAAUUGAAUAAUGGUGAUAUCAUUGAUUCAUAUUUAAGUAAAUGUAAAAUAAGAUAUUUUAAGACAAGUUAGCAGAAAUAAUGUUUAAUUGUUUUAUAAGUGAUCCCUUCCUAUAUUUUGAUAUCUAAUCAAUUGGAUAAAGACAUUAAUUUAAUUAAACUAAGAAUGACCCCAUAGAUGGAUUUAUUAAAAAUAAAGAAGAAUGUAUUAUUUUAAUGCCAAGAGUAUAUAAAAAUUAAGAAUAAAUGGCAAAGUCUUUAGUUUUAUCAUAUUCUUAUUAAUUAGAAAAUAAUUGA